AUGGCUGUGCUAAAUUUCAAGCACCUAAUUUUUGGAAGUUCCAGUGAGCUCUAUGGAGGAUCUCAGACACUGUUAGUCUUCCUUCUGAUCCCAUGUUGCUUGACACGAGAUUUCAGGGCAGCUCCUAUUAUCCCAGACAAGCCUCUCAUCUGGGCCUGGAAUGUCCCAACUCAACCGUGUGCUACAAAGUUUAAGGAACCAAUUGACAUAAGCCUAUUCUCUUUAAUAGGGAACCCUAUGAAAUCUGCGACAGGGCAAGACGUAACACUAUUCUAUGUUGAUAGACUUGGCUACUACCCUUACAUUGAUCAUCACAACAAAGAAAUAUAUGGGGGAAUCCCCCAGCUAGGGUCUUUACAAGAACAUCUGACCAAAGCUAGAGAAGACAUUUUGCAUUACAUACCAACAGACAAAUUAGGCCUAGCUGUCAUUGACUGGGAAGAAUGGAGACCCACCUGGGACAGAAACUGGAAACCUAAGGAUAUUUACAGAAACAAGUCUAUUGAAUUGGUUCAGCAACGCAAUGUUGACCUCACUUUAAAAGAAGCCACCCAGAUAGCCAAAGAGGAAUUUGAAACGAUGGGAAAGAGUUUCAUGUUAGACACUUUAAAAUUGGGAAAAUCAGUUCGACCUCAACAAUUAUGGGGUUAUUAUCUCUUUCCAGACUGUUACAAUCAUAACUAUAGAAGAGUUGAUUACAAUGGACAUUGCCCUGAAAUAGAAAAGAAAAGAAAUGACGCCCUCCACUGGUUGUGGGAAGAAAGCACAGCCCUUUACCCAUCCAUUUAUUUACAUAGUGAUUUAGGGUCCACUCACAAGGCUGCAGUAUUUACUCGAAAUCGUAUACAGGAAUCUAUUAAGGUUUCUAGAGUGCGUGAUGUUAAACGUCCACUCCCAUUUUUUGUAUAUAUUCGCCUAGUGUAUACUGAUAAAACUACGAUAUUCCUUAAUGAGGAGGACCUUAUGCAUACAGUUGGUGAAACCGUUGCUCUGGGUGCAUCUGGAAUUAUAGUGUGGGGAACGCUAGCUUGGGCACAAACUGUGAAAUCCUGCUUGACCUUACGCAGUUACAUGGAGUCCACAGUGACUCCUUACUUUAUCAAUGUCACUCUAGCUUCCAAGAUGUGUAGCCAAGCACUGUGCCAGGAUCAAGGUGUGUGCACCAGGAAAGAUUGGGAUACCGACAACUACCUUCACUUAAACCCAGCGAGUUUCACCAUUGAAUCUCCGCAGCCUGGACAGUACAUCGUGAACGGGAAGCCCACACUGAAUGACCUGCAAGACUUUUCCAACAAUUUUAAGUGCAGCUGUUUUCCAAACAUGAGUUGUAAGGAGAGAGAUGAUCUAGAAAAUAUCGAAACUAUUAGCGUGUGCGCAACCGAGGAUGUCUGCAUAGAGGCGCUGAUGAAGACUCCGUCUUCCGCUGCUCAUUCUCACUCCAAGUCACCUUCCGCCGUGUUUCCAAGGGGUCUGAGAGGACCCCUUUUAUUUCUGGCUGUCUAUAUGCAAUACACAAGUUAA